AUUUUUUUGCAAUCAUCGUUCUCACACAAAUACUGAAUUAAUAUGAUGACUAUCUUACCCAACAAAAAGAACCCACUACAAGUGGUACUUGACGAAUCUGUUAUAUAUCUUGAAGAAUCAUUUGGAUCUGUCCUUAUCCGUGGCGAAGUGAUCGUAAACUUUGAAAAGCCUACACCUAUACAAGGCCCAAUUGAGAUUCUAUUUGAAGGAAUCCAACGAUUCUAUCCAUGGAGCGAGAUCAUGAUCUUACGACCUAUGGGAAAUACUAUAGAGACAGUCUUACAAUCCAUCGAACUUUCUCUGCUACCACCAAAUACAAAUGGAAUUAUGCCUCCAGGCGUUCAUCGUUUCCCAUUCGAAUUUCCUAUAUCGGCUGCUCUUCCUCCAACUGUUUCAAUACCCGAACGAAUUGAUAUAUUCUAUCAGCUCAGUGCCACCUUGCGACGAUCGAAUGCCAGCCGAGAUCAAAGUGGCGCACAGCAACUACUGGACUGGGCUCGUCUUUCUGUCAAUAAGAAGAAUCUUGUCACCACAAAACACAUACGUCUCAUUCGUGCUCUUGAAUACAAGCCUCUCGUUCCUCAUACUAUCCCAAGUGAAGUACAAGAGGAUGUCAACAACACCGAUCAACUAGCAAUAGGUUCCUCAAUUGAUCCCCAAGAAAGAGAAAACCAAGAAGGGUCUACACCAUUAAUCGAUCCUUGGAAUCAAUUCAAUCUUACACAUCGCCAUGUUACAUCCCUAGAUGAACAGAUCGAUCGAUUAGCCUUUUCACUUGCUGGACGUAGCAUAGACAACUACCACCGUUCUCCUUUUGAGGCUAAUAAAGAGCAGGGGAUCCGAUUCCGUAUAAGUGUCGAUCGAACCGUUAUUGCACUCGGUACAAGCAUAGGACUUGAUGUCCAUGUUGAACCUACCUUAUUCCCCGCAAAGAUCAAAUCGAUUGUUCUAACUAUCACCGAGACACGCAAGUACAGAAUGAAGGUACCCAGCAAUCAUUCGCACGGAUUUCCGGCAGAGACCAGAAAGGCUACCGAAAUUAGACGCAUGCUUCUCAAAUGGGCAUAUUGCUACCCAUCAAAGGGUCAGGCCACAGAAAACAACCGUUUUGACGGAAAGCAAUCUUCAAAUGAUACUGGUGCCAAAGGAUAUCUCGGAGACAAGUUUAAUCAAAAGGUAGUCAGUAUAUUUUCUGAUCAGCCUUCCAAUACUUCAUUUUCGCAAAACCCAAGUAGCGACAAGCACAGUUUCUCGAGCAGCGGUUUUUCUGGUCUAUCAAACGAAAGAAUAGACUAUUAUGGAAAUCCAGAUUGUUCUGAAGAAGAUUCUUCUAGCCCCACCAAGUACAAGCUGGUCAAUCUCAAGGAGAUCGAUCACCCUGUCAAUGUAGGAGAAGCAUUCGCUGGUCGUUUUGAGAUGGCUGUACCUUCAUGUUCGAACGCUGUAUUGAACCCGAGCAUGGAAGAUGAAUCGAUCCAAAUCAAUCAUUGGUUAAAUUUUUCUGUGGUAAUGGAGUGCGAUGGGCAGCCUGUCGAGCUUAACCUCGAGUCUCAGGUCCGUAUGCUGAACUGUCGCUUGGUAGCUGCUGAUGAUGACCGUCAAAUGAUCUUGCCACCUCCUCCGAGUUAUAACUGUUCUGGAUCUUUCGAAAGCAGUAGACAUUCUAAUUCAUUUUGGGAACAAAGACAGCCAAUUACUAGAAAUGCAUUGUGGGGGACAUGCAAUCAAUGUCCAUGUAAGAUCAAGAGUACUGCAGCUUCAAAGCCUGAUAUCAAAACCAAGAAAUCGAAAAGUGCUCCUCUUUCCAAGACAUCUGAUCCUGUAAUCCAAGGGUGGGGACCACCACCUUGUUAUUCUGAUAAUAAUUAGUUCUUUUUCCUUUUUGCUUUUGUUUUUGUAUUUAUUCUCAUAUAUCCUUUCCUUACAGUCACUCACCUUAUGUAACUCCUUUAAUACCAAUUGUCCAUAUAUCUAGUUUACCUACUAAAUUACUCUUAUGUAUAUAUAUAUAUAUGAAAUAUGCAUUUGCUUUAUUUAUUUUUAUAUGCAUUUAAUUAUCUUACCCUUCAUCACAUAUUCCUUUUUUUUAUGAAUAAAAGUAUAAUAAGCUUUAUCUUGCAAAGGU